GAUUUAGGGCGUUGUGGGGGUGUUGCUUAACUUCCCUACACGUAACCGUACUCCCGAACCCAGAACUUCAUUUUCGCAGACCAUAUCUCGGUUCUGACCCUAAGGUUAGAGCCGAUCCUAAGAGUGUUCGAUCCACUCCAACUAAGAUCGAUGGCGACUCCCAAAAAUGCCGACGCGACGACGUACGGACUCCCGGACGGGACGGUUGCGACAGUUGGCGACUCCGCUGGGGACUUCGAGAGACGAGCUACAUAACUAAGUUCGAUAAGUUUUCUAAUUUUCUAUUACGUGUUGGGUGUUUACUUUCUUAUUUGCGCAAUUAUGUUUUCGCAAUUUAAUUCUGCAUUCAUGCAUAAAAGCUCUAUACCCGAGCUAUCCUAUUAGAAACGGAAAAGGAGUACCGUGACUUUCACAGUGGUGGUAGUCACGCAAAACUUUCCAACCAAGUUGAACUCAGAUCCGAGGAUGAUCUUGAGGUAUCCAACCAGUUCGUAAGGGCUAUGGUAGGAUACAACUUGGGAGCCAAAUCCUUAGGAAUUCCUCUGCCAGCAUAUAGUAAGCAUCGAGGCCUCCCUAAACCGUCCAAAAUAAUCCCGAAACAAACCUAGAACCGCGUCAUUAUGCCCUCUGAAAGCCCUAAGUUUUCCCAAAUAGGGUUAUGUUCUUAUUAUCUAUAUGUAUGUUUUCUACUGACGUGAUAAUUUGUGGUAUGUUUUACCAAUCGCGAUAUAUUUAUUUGUGAGAACAAUGUGAAUUUUUCUUUUCUUCUUUUUAAAAAAAAAAAAGAAACUCAUAAGCAUCAUUUUGGGUUUACGCUUAUGCAUUCAAAAUAAAUCAUGUGGACAUUUUCAAAAUGCACGUGCAUCCAAUGAAUCAUCUGUGCAUCUGUGCAUCGCAUAAGCAUCAUACGUACUCUCCAUCGUUCAUUCAAGUCAAUUUAAUAAAAGUAAUUGGUCAGGGUUCCUUAAAAUUGCUCGUCCACAAGGAAAAAAUCAAGACUUCAAGUACUUAACUAGAUCCAAGCUCGAGGUCGUCAUGGAUGCAUUUCAAAAAGAGUUGAACGGCAUCAAAGGAAAGCUGACCGGGUUUGACGAGAAGCUAGUGGGGUUCGAUGAGAAACUAACGGGCUUCGAUGAGAUGAAAAGCCAGCUCAACACAAUAGUGAGCAUAUUGUCCAGAAAAGGGAAGGAGGUUGCAACGAACGAGGAAGAAAUCGUAUUUGAUGACGACGAUCACUAUGAGCAACCUCAGGGAAACGUCUCAGGUAGUAAAUUCAUUCUCAUACCUUCGAAGAACACAGGCGAAAAAGGUGAUAUUGGGUCAUCAAAGCAUGACAAAUCCGGAGAACCCGAGAAGCAAGAGGAACAUAAAAUUGAAGCUAUGCUAGAAGAAAAAUUAGAACACAUGAAUGAACGAAUAAGAAGCAUAGAAGGAGUUGAGUCGUACGAGCCUAUGGAUGCAUCAAAACUAUGUCUGGUCCCAGAUGUCGUGAUUCCUCACAAAUUUCAAAUGCCAGAAUUUGAAAGAUACAAUGGCACCACUUGCCCAAAAAGUCAUCUGGUCAUGUACUGUAACAAAAUGGCCAACCAUAUUCGAGAUGAAAGACUAAUGGUACAUUGCUUCCAAAACAGCCUGAGUAGUUCUGCCCUACGAUGGUAUAUGCAACUAGAGAAAACAAAAGUGAGAAGAUGGCAAGACCUCGCAGAUGCAUUCAUGAGGCACUACAAGCAUAACCAGGAUCUGGCUCCAGACCGAGAAGAUCUGAGGAAUAUGGAAAAGAAUGAGAAAGAGUCUUUCAGAGAAUAUGCUCAAAGGUGGAGAGAGAAAGCUGCAGAUGUUCAACCUCCUCUGUCAGAAAAAGAGAUGGUCUCAAUCUUCUUCGGAACACUAAGGGCUCCAUACUACAACAACAUGGUCGGAAUUACCACAACCAACUUUGCGGAUCUGCUUGUAAUCGGAGAGCGAAUAGAAAAGGGUUUGAAGCAAGGUCGGAUGGAAACCCCAGAAGCCUCUAAGAAACCACACCAAGCCCGAAGAGGAGAAGCAGAUGUCCAUUAUGCUCAAACAGAAUUACCCAGAGGAAGAAGGUGGGAUCAUCAACCUCAAGCCAAUCAAGCCCAUCCAUGUGUUGCAAAUGCUGCAAUAAUUAAUCAACGUCCAAAUUUUCCUACUCAACGAGCCAUCCAGAGCCCGACACGAGUCGCACCACCACCAAAUAACCAAAACCAGAAUAAUUAUGAGAGGUUCAGGAAACCCAUCCAAAUCGAUCCUAUCCCUAUCACAUAUACUGAACUUUUCCCUCAGCUAAUUCAAAGUAACCUAAUCUCCCCAAUACGAUGUGAACCUAUGAAACCUCCUUAUCCAAAUUGGUACAAAACAGACCAACAUUGUGCUUACCACUCGGGAGUAGCGGGACACUCGACUGAGGACUGCAGAUCGCUCAAGAUCAAGGUCCAACAAAUGAUGAAUACUGGCUGGUUAAAGUUCGAAGAUGAGCCAAAGCGUCCAGAUGUCAACAAUAACCCACUGCCAACUCAUGGGAAUUAGUAGACAUACUACAAGGCAAAGCUCGAUUUAAGGAUGAUGUUGAUCCUACCUAGUAAAUAAAAUAUCGAGAU